AAUGGAAAGUUCUUAAAAAUAUCGAAUUGUUCAGAAAAGUAAUUGUAAUUGGAAAGUAUAAUUUAUUGCCUGCCUGCAUCAGAUCAAGUUUUAUUAAAAGACCGCGUGGAUAAAGGUGCAAACAGCGUUUAAGUGCAAGCGUUCCGAUCGACGGUCUGGAACAUCGUUGUACAGGGCAGCGGCAAAGAAGUUAACGGAAACAAUGGAAAACAAUCUAAUGGAUAAUACUGGCCAAAAUGAUGCCAUGAAUGAUAGCUUAUCUACGGCUAGUCUAUCCAAGCGUCUUAGUUUCGACUAUCUAAAUGCUUCCUUUGAAUUAAAUCGUAAAAAGCGUAAGCUCUACGAUAUGAACGACAUCUCCAGCGACGGGAACAAUACUACUUUGGACGAACGUAACGUGUCCCAGGAAUCAACCGGAGUAGUCAAUUGCUCGAAUGCCGUACAGAGUCCGUGGGAGACCCGCCGGAUGAAGGCGGAUCUUAUCGAGGCGAAGUCAAGAAUUACCAUGUUGAAGAAGGAGAUUGAACAUCAGAAUACACAAAUUGCAACAACUCAACUUAAAAGUCAACAUAAAAUCUCUUCCUUGGAUAAGGAGCUGAAAUUCAAUGUCAAAAAGGUGUCUGAUUUGGAGAAGCAUCUAUCGGCUUUACGUAAACGGGAGAAAACAGCACAAGAGGAACUGGUGAAAUAUAAAAAUCAGUAUAAUAUUUUGAAACAAUCGUCCGGAGACCAAUUGUACGAGCUGCGAUGUGCUCUAAAAGAUAUGGAACAGCAGUAUACUAUAGAGAAAAAUGAGUUACAUUCAGAAGUGCGUGAUUUGAAUAACCAAUUGCUAGAGAUCGAAGAUCAACUUUCCAUUACUCAAGAGGAGUUGGACACGUAUAAAGACAUAAACGAAACGCUGCAAAAUAAGGCCGAUUCGUAUGAUUCAACUAAAAAAGAACUGGAGGAGGUGAAGGAUAACCUUUCGGAGGCAGAGUCCAAAAUUAAGUCGUUGGAAUAUGAAAUUGGCAGUCAUGAGGAUUGGAAGAAUCUGUCGAAACUGUCCACUUCGCGGCUGGCAAAUUAUGCGGAGAUGGAAAAAGAGGUUGCUCGCCUUAAAGAGGAAUCCAAGAAUUUACACGAUGUGAUUGGAAAUAAAAUGUUGCUAGAAGAACAGGUGGCUAGCUUGAAGACGCGGUUGGAGAACUUUGAGAAAAAUGAGAUCGAUGCGGUAGCACUGAGCGUUAAGGUUAAGGACAUCGAGAAGGAGCUGUCGGAUUGGCGAAAGCUGGCCGUUGAUUUUUGCCCGAAAAAUUCCGCUUGCAGUCCGGUGGUUAUGCGUUCACAGAUUGAACGAAUACUGCAGAACGAUUUAAUUCUAACGAGCGAAAAAAGUUCGGUUAAAAAUGAGAAGAGUCAAAUUCAAACUGUUAUUGACGAGACUCGCGCGGAGAACGAACAAUUGCAGAAGCAGCUGGACGACCACAAGCGGGCUUUGAAGAAUCAUCAGAUGAUGCUGCAUCGGGUGCAGAAGAAGCUGAAUUUGGUGGCUGGUGAGCGGGAUUGUUGGAAGCAGUUGCUUGACAGCUAUGAGAAGGAUUUGACGAUUAAUCCAACCACCCUGAAUAGCCAGGAAGCUCAGAUGCGUACCAGAAUAGAGAUGCUCGAGAAGCAGUUGUCUGGUUAUAGAGAAUUGAAUACUAAGCUGGAGAGCGAAUUACAGACAGCGAAAUCUAUGCCUGAAAUUGGAAUGGACUCAGCACUCACUAGCGAGCAGUACGAGAAAUUGCGUCGUGAAAUUGAUGCGCUUCGUGUGGAAAAUGAACGCUUGAAAAGGCGGAAGGAAGAGCUGGAGCUUGAAUUGGAGAAUUCUACCCUGCGUGCCGAAAUCAACCGAGACCGGUACAAGGUUGUCCGCUUUGCUGAUAGCCCAGCCAACGAAGCGUAUGAAGCACACAAAAAUGAAAUCGAGAAACUUCAAGCGGAAAUUGAACGAUUGAAGAUUCGCAAUCGUAAGCUGGAAGAGGGCAACGACGAGUUGACAAUGAGACUGAAUGAUUCCAAUAUGACGAUGAAUGUUAAGGAAAUGAACAGUCUUAAAGCCCAGGUGCAAUCACUGGAGGCAAAGAACCAGCACAUCAAGGAGAUCUAUAAAGCGGCGAGUAAUGAAUUCCGCGAGGUGUGCUACAUGCUGUUCGGCUACAGAGUGGACCGCGUUGGGAAUACGAACUAUCGCAUCUCAAGUAUGUAUGCCGAGAGCGAGGAAGAGUAUCUCAACUUCCGGCUGAACGAGUCGGGUACGGUUCUGAAUAUGCUAGAGACGGCAUACAGCGAAUCCAUUUCCGAAAUGGUUUCCACGCACUUGGGAACGCACGGUUCGCUGCCGGCCUUCUUGAGCAACCUCACGCUGGAUUUAUUUAAUCGAACUACGGUCAUGGUGCAGGGUUAGGACACCGCAACGGAUCCCAUGCUUAGUAAGUAAGAUUAUUGAUGAAACAUAUUGCUCUUCGAUAUAGAUAUUACUUGAUCGCGUAUCGCGAAUUUAGUGGGCAACUUGAAAUAGGCAUUUGCGUCUAAACGUUAAUAUACACCAGAUUGCACU